AUGACUGGACAGGGCGCACCCGCAGGAGGAACAGGCUCAGGAUACAACGGGGCCCCCAAUCGAUCGUACGAAGACCGCUCGGUACACCGGGAUCAAGCCAUGAACAACAUUCGCGAGACGUCGCAGCAGGACCGCCGGGUUUACGUCGGCAACCUGUCCUACGACGUAAAAUGGCACCAUCUCAAGGACUUUAUGAGACAGGCUGGAGAGGUUCUCUAUGCCGACGUGCUGCUUCUUCCUAAUGGAAUGUCGAAGGGAUGCGGAAUUGUGGAGUAUGCCACGAGGGAGCAAGCGCAGCAAGCUGUAUCGUCACUCAGCAACCAGAACCUGAUGGGCAGGCUCAUCUACGUCCGAGAGGAUCGCGAGGCCGAGCCCAGGUUCGGUCCGCCGGGCGGCGCUGCCCGCGGCGGAUUCGCCGGUCCCAUGGGAGGCGGCGCUCCUUACGGCGGCGGCGGCGGCGGCGGCUUCAACCCCGGUAUGGCUGCCGGUGGUGGCGGCCGUCAGAUCUACGUCUCGAACCUACCCUUCAAUGUGGGUUGGCAGGACCUGAAGGACCUAUUCCGCCAAGCUGCUCGCGCAGGUGGUGUGAUCCGCGCCGAUGUCCAUCUCGGGCCCGACGGUAGACCUAAGGGUUCCGGCAUCGUAGUUUUCGAAUCCCCUGAAGAUGCGCGCAACGCUAUUCAACAGUUCAACGGCUAUGACUGGCAGGGCCGCAUGCUUGAGGUCCGUGAGGAUCGUUUCGCCGGCCCCGCAAUGGGCGCCGGUGGUGGCUAUGGCCGCGGCGGUUUUGCUGGUGGACGUGGAGGCUUCGGUGGCGGCUUUGGCCGCGGCGGAUUCGGCGGAGGCCGUGGUGGCUUCGGCUAUGGCGCUCGCGGUGGCUAUGGCGGAGCCCCUGCCGCCGCCGGUUUCCAUGAUGCCGGCAACGCCUCGGUGCCCCCGAACGCGUUCACUGACCACGCCACGGGCGGUGUUGAGAAAUGCGACAUCAUCUAUGUCCGCAACCUUCCUUGGUCGACGAGCAACGAUGAUCUUGUUGAACUCUUCUCCACCAUCGGUAAGGUUGAGCAAGCCGAGAUCCAGUACGAGCCCAGCGGCCGGUCUCGCGGCAGCGGUGUGGUCCGCUUCGACAGUGCCGACACGGCCGAGACCGCCAUUGCCAAAUUCCAGGGCUACCAGUACGGCGGUCGCCCUCUCGGCUUGAGCUACGUCAAGUAUGUCACGCCGGGCGCCGGAGACAGCAUGGAUACCGAUCCCCACGGCGGCCUCACUCAGGACCAAAUCAUGUGA